UGCUGGGCGCGGAGCUCAAUUGCUUCGUUUCUACACGGAGAUGUUUCCAUAGCUUUUACCGGUCCACUAUAAUUUAUAUCGACAUCGUCGAAAGAAAACAAUAUAUUAGGUCUACCGAAGGAUUUCGCUCGCUUGGAAAGAUGCACCGUAUGUUUCUACGAAGCGCUGUGAUACAUUCGAGCAGGGUCUCUGUGGGAGUCUGAAGUCUGGAGAGCAGGAUAAACUACCACCGCACACCUCCCCAAACCCCCCUCCCCUGAGGUCCCCCGGGAGGCCUCCCAGAAGAUCUCCCAAACUCCAAGUCAUGGAAUGCUUGCUGAGGAAGAAUCCUACAGCUAUUCCCCCCGUCCUGCCCGUAUAGCCCCACUCAGAGGACGUUGGGCGCAAAAUGUGCCUUCGAAUCCCUUCCCCUGUGCAGUCGGGCAACCCUCCAAGAGGCCUGACUCGCUCUUGAAGUUUUGAAGUUUCGAGCCCCUUGGGUUUUCCCUCAUGGGAUAACACCAUUUCAGUUUUCCGCUUCUGUGACAUCUAAAACACCAUCUCCCCUCCCCGCUACCGCAUUUCAACUCUGGGCUGGAAGUUUGGCUUCAUUGCAGAAUGAGAGUGAAGUGAAGGUUUCCUCGGUACGUGGCGGUUGAAGCGACACGAGGUGGACCCUGAUAUUGAACAUGACUCAUGGGGAGGAGCCUGGCUCUGAGACUCACCAGGAUUCCGCCGUGCUAACUUAUCUGGAAGGCUUACUCAUGCAUCAGGUGGCGGGAGGGCCGGGUGCUACGGGUGCCAGGAGGACGGAGGUCAUCGGGCGCGAGGUCCAGGAGCCGAGGGCUCUCCCGCUGCGGUCCGACAGCCACGGCUCGGCCCACCAGGAGCAGGACCAGCAGGACCCGAGGGCGGGCGGCGCCUCCCAGCACCUCCGAAAGGCCCGCCUGCUCCGCUCGGAGGCCUGGGCGGGAAAGCUGGAGGUGGAGGGUCUGAGGGAGGCCGAGCCCACCCUGAACGGGCGGAGUGGGGAGCAGCACCACCACGGGGGGGCGCUGGAAGGCUCCCCGAAAUGCAAGGGGGCGGAGAGCACCCUGCUGGCCUCCCUGCUGCAGUCCUUUAGCUCUCGGCUGCAGACGGUGGCCCUGUCCCAGCAGAUCGUGCAGAACCUCAAACCGCCAGAGCCCGCCGCCCUGGACCAGGGCUCCAACGGGGACACCGCCGAGCGCCGCCCCUGCUUGGGGGCCGCCUCGAGUCGCCUGAAGGGCUUCCUGAAGAAGAGCAAGAUGCAGAACCACAGCAGCAGUGUGCCUUACCGCCGGCGGAACGUCCCGGAGAGAACCGCCGAGUCCCCGCAGCUGCUGACGGCUGGCGGGAAAGGGACCACCGUCGCCACGGCGACGUCCGCCUCGGACUCGCUGUCCUGCGCGGCGCGGCUCAAGGCGGUGGCCAGCCUGGUGAACACGCGGUCGAGCCCGGCCCCCUCGCCCUCCCCGCGGCCCAGCGUGGCCUGCAGCCAGCUGGCCCUGUUGCUCAGCAGCGAGGCCCACCUGCAGCAGUACUCCCGCGAGCAGGCCCUGAAGGCCCAGCUGUCCGGCCGCUCCGCCAGCGAGAGGCUGGCUGCCAUGGCGACGCACCAGUCGCAGCACGACCUCGGCAAGCCGCCCCAGCCGGCCCCCAGCGUCCUGGGCUCCUUCAGCCCCAGGAACGGGACGCUGUCGCCCCCGGGGCGGGGCGCAGGGGGCGGGACCACCUCGCCCCGGAGAACUCCGCAGCCGCUGAAGGAGAGGCGGGGUUUUGAUAGGAGCUCAGCCAGGCCGUCCCAGAACUGCAGCAGCCUGCUCCUGCACCUUCUGAACAACCACAACGCGCAGAAACGCGCCAACGGUCACGUGGGACCGGGGGAGGCCCACAGACCUUGCCCCAGCCGAGGCUCACCCCUGCUGUCGGACAGCGAGUUCUCCAACCCGGAAACCAGCCUCCCGCGUGACAGCAGCGACACAGACAGCUCCUGCUCCAGCAGCUCCCCCAUUGACCUCUCCAUCCGGAGCAGGGUCGCCAGGGCCCUGCCAGCCUCUUCUUCCUCCUCCGCCCCAUCCUCCUCCUCCUCCUCCUCCUCUCUGGACAAGCUGACGGAGUCCCUGAUAAACCGCUGGAGGCCGGAGAACCCCGCGCCCGUUGCUGAGGAACAGGAAGGGGAGAUGGGCUCACUCGUCAGGCCGCACCACAAGGUCACGCUCCUCCAGCUGCUGCUGGACCACCGCAACGGCGAGGGGAAGAGAGCCAGAACAAGCCCCGACAAUCCUGACUUGCGGCAGGGCCUGGCCCCCCCGCUCGGCCGCGUGGCCGCCCGUCCGGGUCCCACCGUGGGGGCGCCGGCUGGUCGACUCACCUCAGUCUCCAGGGGCGAGGACAACACCACACGGAGCCCCCACGGUGGCCCAGUCAGUAGGGGGUUCCAGGCACCCCCCUCAUUCCCCCAGCAGCAGGACUCAAACAGCACCAUGUCCCAGUACAGCCAGUGCCCCCCGACUCCUGCGCAGUCCAUCCCCCUGAACCUGUGCAAGUCCGAGGCCCCGUCAAACCCAGACACUGACUCGCAGGACCCUGCCUUCACCGCCAGCAAGCUGCUUCAGAACCUGGCCCAGUGUGGGUUACAAAGCUCUGCCCCCUCCUCUGCAGCCCUGAACACCCCGCUCCCUCCUGCCCAGCUGAGAGCGGACGCCCCCGUCACCCUCCUGGAGAGGCUAAACACCCCCAUCCUGAGGAACGGUACCCCUGUUUCGGACAUGCCCCUUUCCCUGAUUAUGAGCAAUGGAUCCCCCGCUUCAGACACGCCCAGGGCCAGUCUCACCAGCCCUCCCUCAGAGAUCGAGAGCCUCCUGGAGAGACGCACAGUCCUCCAGCUCCUCUUAGGCGCCGCGGGCAGCAAGGAGAAGCCGUCGGCAGGCAGCGGGCGGAGAAAGAGGCCGGUGUGCGGGGGCGGGCCCUCAGAGCAGCGGCCCAACGAGCUGAGCCGCUGCAGCAACUCGCCAGACUUCAAGAUCAAGGUUGAGCCCAGCGAGGACGGCCUGGCGGGGCCUGACAGCGAGGACGUGAAGCCCACGCCGGCCUCUCCGGGGGCCAGGGACGGCCUCCUCAGCCAGCUUCUGAAGCAGCAGUGCCGGAACCUUCCGGUGAACACCCCGACGGCAGGUUUGAUGUCCACCCCGCCGGCAGGUUUGAUGUCCAUCACUGCAUCUGUGAAAGAGGAGCCCAACGAGCUGCAGGCUCCGCCCAUCAACCCCCGAACCCCACUCAGUGAGCCCCGAACCCCGCCCAGUGAGCCCCAGGCUCCUCCCAUCCCAAAAAAGCGCAGAGUCUGCAUUGAGGAUUUCUCUCAAGAGCGGCCAGUUAGCACAGCUGGUGCUAAGAGUGGCAGUGAUGCCCGUCCCUUUGUCUCGAGGUCCCCCGAAAGACUGGCCACCCAAAAUGGAGGCAGCCCAGCAGAGGUCAACUCCCCCAGCAGCGGUUGCAUGGGGAAUUACCCCCGUGCCGAGGCCCGGGGCAGCUUCAACGUCCUCAAGCAGCUCCUGCUGUCCGACAACUGCCUGAAGGACCUCUCUCAGCUGCAGCCCGGGGGCCCCCCCUCCCCCCUCCACCCCUCUGAGGGAAGGCUGAACGGCACUCCCCCCUCAGGACGGCUCAUCCCCUCUCACAGGGAUCACCCUCACUCUGCCUCUCCGCCCUGGGGGGCGCGGGACUCCCCCAAAGUGAACCUGGUCCCUGUAAAGAGGAAGCCGGAGGCUGAGGGGCCGCUCCGAUGGGUGGUGGGUGUGGAGGAGAGCCCCGAUCAGCACCCCGACUCCCCACGCCUGACCAAGGCCAACCCCAUCCUGUACUACAUGCUGCAGAAGGGGAACAGUUACCUGGGGCGGGAGGGGAGGGCUCUGAGGGGGGGGCUCUGCCGGGGGGGGGCGCAGGCACUGCCCAGGGUAAAGGAGGAGCCCACUGCCCAUGCAGAGGAUGACGACUUCAAACUCAACACCAAACAUUACCUGGACCAGCCAGAGGGGGCGCCAGAGGGCCCCGCCGACAGGCUCAACGGCUCCCUGAAGAAAUGCUAA